AUGCAACGGCUCCAUCCACGACAGCUGUCUCCAUCAUCAUCAUCAAUAACAACAUCCUCCUUCAGCGCUUCAUCCCUCACUCCUUCUCCAACCAGUAUAUCCACUACACCAAUACCAUCACCCAACAUUACAACCCAAACACCACAGCCCUCCGAUACCAAAUCGCCCUCAGCAGCACAAGUCGCCAUCCCCGUCCUCGGUGCAGUCGCAGGAACAAUUUUGAUCUUCCUCUGUCUCGCCCUCUUCAUCACCUACCAAGUCAAGGCAGUCGUCCGCUUCAGAGAAGCUCAGAUCCUUGCCAAAGCCGAAGCCGAAGCCAACAACAACAAUAACGACGACAAAGACUCCAGCAACAGUAGCGAUCCAACAGAGUACCUCGAAGAAAAAGGAGGACCCCCCGGACGAUCAGGCGCAGUUCAGUUCACUGACAACAGCCAGGCAUUACUCUACCGACCCUUCCUGUCCUCUCCAAUAACACCUUCCGCUCCACCAGCUCCACCAGGGUACACAAGGAGCCCACAGAGCAUCGUCAUCGGGAUCGACCAGAUUGAAAAGAAGGCCUCUGCUGGUGGUGGUGUUGAUGGUGGUGUCCCUGCGGGUUGGAAGACGGAACCAUGGCAGCAACCCAAGGGUCGUAGUCCACAGGACCACUUGAAGCAAGAACAGUUGGAGCGGGUGAUGAAACUGCACCGACAGCAGAUGGAGGAGCUGCAGGCGCUGUUACAGAGACAUAUGUUGGAUAAUACUCAACCUCUCUCUCCUCAUGCCGUUGUCGUUGUCGAUGUUGAGGAUAAUGUCGGAGGGUAUGAGGGCAGUAGUAGGGGUAAGCGAGGGAUAUGGAGAGUAGGGCAAGGUUGGAAGGGGCGUUGGUCGUCGUUCAGAUCGAGGCGACACAAUAGUCGCAGAGGGUCACCGUCACCUUUGGCGCGUACUCAGGGUCAAAGCCCACACGGAAUCGACAGCCCAAUGGUCCAACCAGACGACGUUGUACGAGGCCCCGAAGCCAUCCCCUACCCUCCUCCUCCCCCUCUUCUUAACACCUCCCACCAAGUGCUGCGUCGACUCAGUCAACUGACCGAUGCAUCGUCGAGUCGGGGGAGCGAUUGGUCGUUCGAGGCAUCGCCGUCGUCGCCAUCGUCAGAUAAGAGCAUGAUGAUCUCUGAAGAGUUGCGGCCGGAGGAGCGGUCGAUACUUGUGGACUCUUUCGAGAAGAUCAAUGCGCACUAUGACCGACAAUUCCGGAUCGCCGAGAGCGAGAUCCUGCAAGGUUCUUCUUCUGGGAGCGACGACGGGCACGAUGGAGAUGACGGUGUAGAUCGUAUUGAAUCUGCGGAGUCGGAGAAAUGA